UGAAAACGGCUACGUUUGUUUUUUUCUUUUUGUCACAACCGGUUUACAUUAAGUUCCGGGUUUUGACUGGACAGUUCUUUCUCUAAGCUCUCUCAGAUUUGCCUUCAACUGCUUUUACAAAAUGUCAGAAAUCUCUGAAAUCGAUGAAGGAUUCUACUCCCGACAACUUUAUGUUCUGGGCCACGAGGCGAUGCACCGAAUGGGCUCAGCCAAGGUCCUCAUAGCAGGAAUGAAAGGUCUGGGAGUAGAAAUAGCCAAGAAUGUGGUCCUGUCCGGAGUUAAACAUGUCACUGUCCAGGACGAAGGAAUGACAACAUGGAGCGACCUGUCAUCUCAGUUUUUCCUGAAGGAGUCUCAUCUUGGUCAGAACCGGGCUGCAUGCUCGGUACAACAGUUGGCAGUUUUAAACCCGCAUGUGGUUGUGGAACAAUAUACUGGACCACUAGAUGAAAACCUUCUUCUGCAAUAUCAGGUAGUGGUCCUCACUGACUCCUCAUUGGAGGAUCAGAAGCGUUUUGGGGAGCUGUGUCAUUCACAUGGAAUUAAGUUCAUUGUAGCAGACACCAAGGGGCUCUGUGGUCAGCUGUUCUGUGACUUUGGGGAGAAAUUUGAGGUCUUGGACCGGGAUGGAGAGAUGCCUGCAUCAGUGAUGAUACAAUCUAUUUCUAAGGAUAAUCCUGGAGUGGUGAUCUGCACAGAUGACCAGAAGCACGGACUCUCAGAUGGUGAUAACGUUAUUUUUUCUGAAGUGCAAGGCAUGACAGAACUAAACAAUAUGGCCCCCGUGGGAAUUAAAGUCCGGGGCCCGUAUUCCUUCAGCAUUGGUGACACUUCAGCCUUUUCUGAGUAUGAACGGGGUGGAGUGGUGAAUGAGGCUAAACAGCCAGUCCUGCUACAUUUUAAACCACUGAGUGAGGCUUUACAGGACCAUGAUCUGCUGGUAAUGAACGACUAUGGAAAAAUAUCUCGGCAUCAGACCCUGCACUUGGCUUUCCAAGCACUCCAUAGCUUUGUGAAGAAAGAAAAGCGACUCCCUGGUCUCUGGUCCCAGUCCGAUGCGGAUUACCUGCUAACCAUAGUGAGAGAGCUAAAUGAAGUCGCACAACUGGAAGAGCUAGAUGAGGUCACAGUACAAAGCCUGUCAUACACAGCCCAGGGCGAUUUGGCUCCCAUCAAUGCUUUCAUAGGAGGCUUGGCUGCUCAGGAAGUCAUUAAGGCAUGCAGUAGGAAAUUCACACCUCUUCAGCAGUGGCUAUAUUUUGAUGCACUGGAGUGCCUGCCUGAGGAUCAGCCGACAGAAUGCUCAUUUGCGAUGAACGGCACAAGGUAUGAUGGACAGAUUGCUGUGUUUGGCUCCGCGUUCCAGGAGAAGCUUCAACGGCAGAAGUAUUUCCUGGUGAGGACUGAUUUGACAUUUGUCCAACAGAGGGCACACUCUGCACUGUUGGAGCUGGUGCUAUCGGCUGUGAGCUUUAAAAACUUUGCCCUUAUGGGGCUUGGUGCAGGAGAUGAUGGACACAUCACCAUAACAGACAUGGACUCAAUAGAAAGAUCCAACUUGAACCGCCAAUUCCUGUUCAGGACUCAUGAUGUCGGGAAACCUAAAUCAAAAGUUGCAGCCAGAGCUGCGUGUGACAUAAACCCACAGAUGAGAAUCACAGCGCACCAGAAUCGCCUUGAUGCUGACAGUGAAGGAGUGUACAACUACUGCUUCUUCAUGGGCCUCAAUGGAGUGGCUGCAGCCCUUGACAACGUGGAAGCCAGGGUCUAUCUCGAUGGACGCUGUGUGCAACACCAGAAGCCAAUGCUGGAGGGGGGCACUCUAGGGACCAAAGGUCACACCCUGGUGGUGGUUCCUCACCUGACGGAGUCUUAUGGACCGGCUAAAUCAAGUUCUAGCAAUGCUAUCCCGCUGUGUACUCUCAAGAACUUCCCCCACCGCAUUGAGCACACAUUGCAGUGGGCGAGGGACCAGUUUGAAGGACUGUUCAAACAGACACCUGAAAAUGUAAAUUUCUUCUUGAGGGAUACGGCAUUUAUUAAGCGAACUCUAGAUCUUGGUGACACUGAGGCCUUGGAGAUUCUCGGAGGAGUGUGGAGCAGCCUGCAUGACACGGAAGCUGGAGGACAGCGUCCAAAGUCCUGGGAAGACUGUGUGCGCUGGGCACGUUGCAAGUGGGAGACCCUGUUUAACAACGAAAUCCGUCAGCUUCUGCACUGUUUCCCUCCCGAUGAGAAGACCACUCAUGGCUUGCCGUUCUGGUCUGGAUCCAAGAGAUGCCCUCACCCCCUGACGUUUGAUCCUAGCAUUACUACUCAUAUUGAGUACGUGAUGGCUGGAGCUAAUCUGUAUGGGCAAAUCUAUGGGAUCAAAGGGACAAGGGACUUGACCUCCAUCAGAGGAAUCUUAGAAAAUGUCCGUGUGCCAGCUUUCACUCCCAAGUCCUCCGUGAAGAUUCAUGUUACUGACAAGGAGAUGGAGGAGGAGAAAACACGUGAAUGCGAUGAUGCGGAAAAGGUCAGACUUGAGGAGUUGAAAGGAAAGUUGGCCUCGCCCUCUCUGAAGAGCUCAGCUCAGAUGUACCCUAUCGACUUUGAGAAGGAUGAUGACAGCAAUUUCCACAUGGACUACAUUGUUGCUGCAUCUAACCUGAGAGCAGAAAACUAUGACAUCCCUGCAGCUGAUCGUCACAAGAGUAAGCGCAUUGCCGGAAGGAUCAUCCCUGCCAUAGCCACCACGACAGCCGCGGUGGCAGGCCUCAUGUGCCUGGAGCUGUAUAAGCUGGUUCAGGGUCACCAAAAGAUCAGCUCUUACCGCACGGCUUACAUCAACCUGGCCGUCCAGUACUUUGUCAUGUCCCAGCCGAGCCGGCCUCAGCAGUUUGAAGUUGCAGGAAAGAAAUUCAGCCUGUGGGAUGACUUCCUCGUUGAGGGCAGAAGAAGUGGUCAGCAGGAAAUGACCUUGGAGGAUCUGUUCCAGUGUAUCAGGGAAAAGUGCAACUUGAAUGUCUGCAGUCUUUUCUAUGGGAAUUCUGUCUUAUUCAAUGGACACAAAGAGAGGCUGAAGAAGAGGGUGUCUGAUGUAGUGAAGGAGGUAACAAAGGAAGACAUCCCUCCACAUAAGAAGAUGCUGGAAUUAAUCCCGUCAUUUUCUGAAGACGAGGACUGCGAGUCAGUCCCAACGAUCAGAUACCUUUACUUGUGAUACCAUCGGCACAGUUUCAGUAAAUAUGAGUUUCAUGGAUCUGCUGCUGUGUAACAAGGGGACUUCUCAGGAUCUAACAUUUAAAAAUGAACAGAUUUUAUUACCCGAGCUUGAUAUUUGAAUGAUUUUCUUCUACGUUUUUAUUCCUCGUGUUUUUAAAUUAUUGAAAUGGCAUGAUUUUUGUUAGACUGCAUUCUUUGUUGUGUUAAUGAUCUAUGUUUAAAAAACACUGAUAUAUCGAUUUAUAAAUCAUUUUACGGAAAAUGAGGAAUCUUGGCAAACUGCACUCUUUUACCUAAAGUUUUGAGAAGUUGUGAAGUUGCAAAGACAUACAUGAUAGAUCUCGCACUACUGGGCCAGUGUUGGUAAUUUGGCUUAAGUUAAGGUCAUGCUGUGCACAGUGUUUAUGGAUACGGAAGAUAUACUGCCAUAUGUUCAGAGUGGAGAAGCCAAAGUCAUUUAGCAGGAUUUCAUCUGUCCUCAGCAUGCUUCUGUACAUUCCCCGCCCCUUUCUGCAGCCUCAAUGUUUCACUCCACACCCUCGCAUUAACAGGCUGACAUUAUUAGCACGCUCUUGAUGCUCUUGUCUGAAUUUGAUUUAUAUAAAGUGAAUCAGCUCUGUAAUUUUCUCUGCAACUACUUAAUAUAUGUCUUCAACUUUACCUUGUAAUUUGCAUGAUGAUGCAAUUUGCGAUUACAUUCAGUUGGAACAAUAA